AUGAUCUCUCUUGACUCUUACCACAUAAUGGUUGUCUCCAAUUAUUUUCAUACGAUCAAAGAUUUUAUCAACAUCAUUUUUGUGUGUAAGAAAUACAGGAACAUUAUUGAAAAUUUUCAUUAUAACCCAAUUCCACUCAACACUAAAACAAUUAUGUACUUUAAGAAUAUAGAGACUCUUCAUCUUUACGAUGAGUUUGAUGAGAAUUUUGGAAAUAUUGUUUGUUAUUUCGAUGAUCAAGUAAUUGAUAACAACUAUUUAAGACAAUUUUAUCAAAUAAGAGUUCAUUUUCCUGUAACAUAUGAAAGAAGCUUACUUGCAAAAAACUCCAGAUUUGUGUUUGAUAACAUCGUGUUCAGUCAAGACGACAGAGAAAACAAUGAUUUACGUUCAAAACAGGAAUUUAAUAACCAACUCCUUGAUAAUAAUAAUGUUAUGAUGAUCCCAAAUGACACCAAACAUGUAAUUAAAAACAUUGGAGGUGAUUGUUUCAAAGAGUGUUUUAAUGUUUGUGAAAUUGUAUUGCCUUCAACACUCACUGCAUUAAAUAAAGCGUGUUUUUCAAAAUGUACAAGAUUAAAAAAAAUUAACUUGCCUCCGCUUGUAACAAAAUUACCUAUAAAAGGAUUUUUAAAUUGUGAUUCUUUGUCCAGCAUUGAACUACCAAAAGAACUUUCUUCUAUUGGAGAAUAUUGUUUUCAAUACUGUGAAUCUUUAAGUGAAAUUGUCAUUCCUAAUAAUGUAAGUAGACUUGAUAAUAAUACAUUUGGGUUUUGUAGCAAUUUAUCGAUUAUAAAACUUCCCUCAACAAUAUCUUAUAUUGGAUAUUCUUGUUUUAAUAAUUGUUUGUCUUUAAAAAACUUUGUUUUUUCCGAUUCGGUGUUUAUUGAUUUUAAUGUAUUUGUAGGGUGUGAAUCCCUGACUCAUGUAAAACUUCCUUCUAAUCUUCAAGUUUUAAACCAUUUGGUUUUCAAAAACUGUAUUUCUCUGAGCAAGUUAAUUAUACCAAAGAGUGUCACAUUGAUUGGAAAUAAUUGUUUUAACAAUUGUACUUCUCUUUCUAUGAUUAACAUACCAAUUAAUGUUAAACAAAUUGGAGAAAGUUGUUUCAAAGAUUGUUUAUCAUUGUCAAGUAUUAUAAUACCAGAGAAAAUUACAAAUAUACCUGCAAAUUGUUUUAGUGGUUGUGUCAAUCUUGUUGAUAUUCAUUUUUUAGGUUGCAUUAAAAUAUUAGAAAAUAGUGCAUUUGAAAAUUGUGAAUCGUUGACAACAUUUGAUUGUUUAAAGUUGAUCGUUUCAAUGGGAGAUGUAUGUUUUACAAAUUGUGAAUUACUUGAACAUGUUGAAUUACACAGCUCUAUUACAGAAAUACCAUGUUUGUGUUUUAGAGGAUGUGUAAAAUUGAGUUCAAUUGAAUUACCUUACAAAGUUCAUCGAAUUGGAGAUCUCGCAUUUAAGGAUUGUGUUUCUUUAAAAAAAAUAGAAAUACCACAAAGUGUAACAAAGAUUGAGAAUUCCGCUUUUUAUAAUUGUGUCAAUCUUUCCAAAGUAAUUCUUUCUCCAAAUAUAAGAAAUUUGGAACUCUCAACAUUUAGUGGAUGUUCUUCUUUAUCUUCAAUUGAACUGCCAUCUUCUCUCGAUCAAAUAGGUUUCCAGUGUUUUUUCAGGUGUUUUUCAUUACAAUCAAUACUGAUACCAGAUGGUGUUACCUUACUUGAAACCAAAUGUUUUGCACAAUGUACUUCACUGAGUGAAGUUAUAAUGCCAGAACAUAUGAUCACAUUUCAAGAACAUUGCUUUGAAAAUUGUUCUUCUCUCAACCAGAUUAAAAUUCCUCAGAACUGUUUUCCGUUCAAUGAAAACAACUUUGAUAAAUGUUGCUUAGUCGUCCGUUGUUAA